AUGGCUGCUAUUUUGAUCAGCAAACGGGAACAUAACCCGAGAAGACAAUUCCAUCCGGUGGAAAUAGAGUUGAUUUCCCAACCAAUUAACGAUCCAGGCGUGAAAGAAUCAGCGCUGCUGCUAGCUAACUGCAAACCGGAACUGAACCUGCCUGCAAAGUCGGUAAAAUCUUGCUCAGUUGUAGCAUUUGCUCACAAAACGGAGUUUCCUUUCCUGACCGCGCUGACAACAUACUACAAAAUAUUUCAGUGUUUCAUAGCCGAUAAAGAUCUCUGUAAGAAGAAAUUCGAUCUUCUACAAGCUGAAUGUGACAUUACGGGUGACGAACAUAGUGUAAAAAGUAAAUUAAGUCGAAGCGAAAGACGUGUUUUGGUAGAAGAGUGGGUCAAAAACUCCGCGAAUCCCAAGAAAAAUGUUGGUGAUAGCAACACGGUUCUCCAACCGGUUGAAAAAUCAAAACAAUCGACGAAUAAAACAGAUAGCCUGAAUCAAAACAUCGAUCAAAGUUCUCUAGCUGUGGAAGGGUUCCACCAAUGGGAAUCCGUGUUGUUGGCAAAAGGCGCAGUUCAAGUACAGACUCCGAAAAUGCCAAAUUUGAUAUCGUCAGUACAAUCUACCUGCCGGAAUCUACCGAUCGCAUUCAAUCCUGCACAAGUGAUAUCAACCGUACCACGAAUUUCGUCUCAUCGGACUGGUGUUGAAAUUACAACCGAUUAUGGGAAGUUAGCCGUAUCUGAACCGGCUCUAUCCUACAGCCAGGCACAAAAUCCAGUGAUUGUGAACCCAGUAUCAGUGAGUUUAUAUCCAAACCAUCAAAAUCUAGCGACUUCUUCGAUUGCUCAACAAGCCUCCCAGCCGCCUACGUUACCUAUGUUCCCUUCCGUGAACCCUUUCGGUACUUCAUCGCAUCCAGCCAUAGUUAACGAAACGAAUUCUGUGCUUACACCAAUUCCUAUAUCUCGACCGAUGAAUCUCAACCCAGUGGAAGGUACUAUGUUAUACAGUACUUUACAGCAGCAUCAAGGACAUCGUCAUCAUCAACAGCAACAACAGCUGAUAUUGGACCCGCAACAGCAAAUGUUUCGAUACCAUCCUCAUCCACAGGAGCCGCAGCAAUGUUAUCCGACACCAUUCCAGCCAGCAGGACCAACAGUACAUCCUGUAGCUCCCCCCUGUCAACAAAAUCAAGGUGAGUCCGUUCCAUUACCCUCUAAUGACCAUGGAUAUUCAUCUUAUGAAAGCGAUGCCCUCGAGCCAUUUAUAAAACAGCUAGGCUUAGGGCCAAACGAACAACCCAUGAUUAAACAUGUAAUGACCUCAUACCAACUUACCCCCUCACAAAUAGCCGCUAGACAAACUUUGCCUCGUGAUCUUCCCCUCUUUGAUGGCGCGGCAUCCGAUUGGCCAAUGUUUAUUAGCACUUUUACCAACACCACACUUGCCUGUGGCUUCAGUACGACCGAAAAUCUUACCCGUCUCCAAAGGUGUCUUAAAGGUGCAGCAUUAGAGGCCGUGCGCAGUUACUUAACAUUGCCUGACUGUGUUCCUCAUAUCAUGGAGACUCUCCGCUUCCUCUACGGCCGCCCGGAACUCUUGAUAAACUCUUUAUUGGAAAAAAUCCGUUCCUUCCCCGCUCCAAAGCCUGAAAAGCUGGAUACCUUAAUCGAUUACGGGUUGGCAGUUCAGAGUGUGUGCAAUCAUAUGGAAGCAGCAGGCUUGCACACCCAUCUAUCUAAUCCAUCGUUGCUCGCCGAAUUGGUUGAACGAUUGCCUACCCAAUUCAAAAUGGAGUGGGCAGACGUUAGUUCAAGUAUCGUCAACGCUAACUUACGAAAUUUCGGCGAUUUUAUGAAUGGUUUAAUAAAAAAAGCUAGUCGUGUUACACCAUCAUACAAUGCUUCCACAAACAAAUACGUAAAAGGGGGCAAUCUACAUGCACAUAUAGGAAUACCAGAAGUCCAACCAAUCCCAGUCGGCCGAGCUUAUCGUAUGUGUAGCAAAGAUCACCGUUUAGCUGAUUGCGAAGAUUUUAAACUUCUUGAUGUUGAUAAGCGUUGGAGUCUUGUCCAAAACGAAGGUGUGUGUCGAAAUUGCCUAUAUGCACACGGUAAAAGAUCCUGCCGCAGCAACAACCGUUGUGGUGUCAAUGAUUGCACCGUACGCCAUCACCCCCUGCUUCACCCCCCUCGUUCUGCUACCCCAAAAACUUCAACCGCCAACGGAAGGACCGAACAAUCAACUUGCUCUUGCAAUAGAUCUUCCCCGAAUUCCGAACAAAACCGUGCACCUGUAGUGAGUGAAAACCACACUCAUCGCGACAUCGAUGCGCACUUCCUCUUUCGAAUUUUACCCGUAACCAUUCACGCCAACGGUAAAUCACUGGAAACCUUUGCUUUUAUAGACGAAGGCUCUUCACUCACCCUUGUCGAGGAAAAUCUUGUUCACGAACUGGGUGUAAAAGGCACCUCUCAAGUACUGUGCCUGCGUUGGACCGGAAAUGUAACUCGCUUAGAGCAUGAUUCGGAGCUUGUAGAUUUAUCAAUUUCCGGACCGCGAUCUUCUAUAAUGAGCCUGAAGGAUACUCGCACAGUAAAGGAUCUUUGUUUGCCCCAACAAACCCUCGAUUAUGAAAGCUUAUCACUUCGCUAUACCCACCUCAAGGGUCUGCCCAUUGCUAGCUAUUACGACGCUGUUCCUCGUAUAUUGAUUGGGGUGAAUAAUUUGCAUUUGACUGUUCCCCUGCGUAUUAGAGAAGGUUGUACUGAGGAUCCUACCGCUGCGAAAACUAGACUAGGUUGGUGUAUCUGCGGAGGUGUUGUGAGUGACCAGCCAAACUAUCAGUCUACAGAACCGCUUGUGUCAUUUAUCAAUAGCCACGCAUGUAAUUGUUCGAGCGACGAAAAUAUUCACGACUGGGUGAGAAAUUACUUUGCAAGGGAAGAUAUUGGGGUCUCUCCGCCUGUUGCACUCGAGUCCGAUGAAGACAGUAGAGCCCGUAUGCUGCUUGAAAAAACAACUACCAGGCUUUGUAACCGAUUUCAAACGGGAUUACUAUGGCGCUUUGAUACGUUUGAGCUUCCUGAGAGUUUUCCGAUGGCAUUGAAAAGAGAUGAAUGUCUUCAACGUAAAUUGAAUAAAUUUCCUGAGCUGAGAGUGAAUUUGCAGAAGCAAAUGAAUGAAUACCUCAAUAAGGGGUAUAUACAUCGAAUUACGGAAUCAGAGCUGGAGAACACAGACCCACGUCGUGUAUGGUACCUGCCUUUGGGGAUCGCAAUCAACCCGAAAAAACCAGAAAAGAUACGAAUGGUGUGGGAUGCUUCAGCGAAGGUUGAUGGGGUUUCGCUUAAUUCAAUGCUUCUAAAAGGUCCAGAUGAACUACCUCCGUUACCAUGGAUUUUAUUCCGUUUUAGACAAUUCCCCGUAGCCGUCUCAGCAGAUAUUGCCGAAAUGUUCCACCAAAUCAAAAUACUUCCAGAAGACCAACAAGCGCAACGUUUCUUAUGGCGAAUGAAACCUCAGGAGCCACCCGAAGUCUUCGUAAUGGAUGUGGCGACCUUUGGCUCCACUUGUUCUCCUGCCUCUGCACAAUACAUCAAAAAUAGAAAUGCACUGGAGUUCAAAGACACUCACCCACGAGCGGUAGAGGCUAUCAUCAAGGGCCACUACGUCGAUGACUAUGCAGACAGUUUCGAAUCGUCGGAGGAAGCCGCGAAGGUUUCAGCAGAAGUCCGGAUGAUUCAUUCAAAUGGAGGCUUCAAUAUACGUGGCUGGAUUUCCAACUCCACUCAAGUGCUUACCAAGCUUGCAACGCCUCUAACUUCAGAAACCAAAGACCUCAACCUCGAUGACAACAAAAUCUUCGAACGAGUACUGGGAAUGCAUUGGAUGUCCGCCAGCGAUGAUUUAGGUUACUCUACGACAUUAUCUCCUGAGUUUCAAGAAAUCAUUGCAUCUCAAGCAAGGCCAACAAAACGUCAAGUUCUUAGGUGUCUAAUGAGCUUCUUCGACCCUCUAGGGCUCCUAGCAGCUUUCACUCUACAAGGCAAGGUACUUCUACAAGACAUUUGGCGAUCAGGGAUCAAAUGGGACGAAGAAAUAGACGAUCGAUGCUUCGACAAGUGGCUAUACUGGACUGACCAGUUUCCGCUUAUUGCAAAUCUUCGGAUUCCUCGAUGUUAUUUUGUCGAAGUUACUCGCAACUGCUACCGAAAACUUGAGUUACACAUUUUCGUCGAUGCCAGUGAGGAUGCGUAUGCAGCAGUCGGGUUUUUCCGUAUUCCUGCUUCCUCAGGCGUGUUCUCCUGUUCCUUAGUGAUGGCGAAGACAAAGGUCGCUCCCCUGAAACACUGCUCAAUCCCUCGCUUAGAACUUCAAGGAGCGGUUUUAGGUACCCGUGUCAGAAAGUUUAUAGUGGAAGGCCACAGUGUAGAUAUCCAACGGGUCGUCUUUUGGACAGACUCCAGCACUGUUCUAGCCUGGAUCCGGUCCGACCAUCGGCGCUACACGCAGUUUGUAGCCUGUCGAGUAGGGGAAAUUUUAUCUUCCACGAACGUAUCCGAAUGGCGUUGGGUACCAUCGAAAUUAAAUAUUGCCGAUCAAGCAACCAAAUGGAGUAAGGAACCUCAACUCCAUAAAAACGACGAAUGGUUCAAAGGACCCCAGUUCUUGUGGAACGAGGAGGACAGUUGGCCCCAGCCGAAAAAAAUGUUAACCACCACCGAAGAGUUGAAGAUUUCAUCAUGCGCUCACCGUGUCAUUUUUAUUCCGCAGCCUGUAGUCGAAUUUACUAGAUUUUCGAAGUGGGAAAGACUUCUACGUACAAUUUCCUACGUAUACCGUUUUAUCUACCGUUCGAGGAAAUUGAAGAGAGAAGAAGGGGCACACCUUACCCAAAAGGAGCUUACAGCUGGUGAAAACGCAAUACUUCGUAUGAUCCAGUGGCAAGCAUUUCCCGACGAAUCCAUGCUUUUAAGGCGCAAGCUAAAAAACGGUCAAGCAACAUUACAUAAAAAUAGCAAAAUUCGUCAAUUGAGUCCGUUCUUGGAUGAGCAUGAGGUCUUGCGCAUGGAUGGUCGUAUCGGAGCAGCAAAGAAUGUUUCGAACGCAGUCAAAUUUCCAGCUAUUUUGCCAAAGUCGCACUUUGUCACCGAACUAAUAAUUCUUUAUUACCAUCGAAAAUACCUCCACGGAAAUUGUGAAACCGUGGAAAAUGAACUGAGACAAUCCUUUCACAUUUCGCAGAUUCGUCCAACAGUUAAAAGCAUAUCUCGCCGCUGUCAACACUGCAAAAUUUACAAAAAGACACCGUCAAUUCCCAGAAUGGCGCCAUUACCAGAAGCGCGUUUAGCCUCUUUUACGCGCCCCUUCAGCUACGUUGGCCUCGACUUGUUCGGUCCAAUCUUGGUCAAAGUGGGCAGAAGCGCAGCGAAACGAUGGUGCGCACUGUUUACCUGCAUGACCAUACGAGCAGUACACAUUGAAAUAGUGUAUAGUCUAAGUACAGAAUCUUGCGUAAUGGCCAUCCGUCGUUUCAUCGCACGUCGAGGAGCGCCUCUUGAGAUACACUCUGACAAUGGCACUAAUUUUCGGGGCGCCGACAACAUACUUCAACAGCAACUUCAAAUGAUACACUCCGACAUGGCUUCAACAUUCACCAACAUCUCAACAAAGUGGAUAUUUAUUCCUCCUAAAACUCCACACAUGGGCGGAUGCUGGGAGCGAAUGGUUCGCUCGGUCAAAGCAGCGAUGGAGGCAAGCACGAGUGCUGGAAGGAAGCUGAACGACGAAGGACUAAAUACAUUAGUUGUUGAUGCUGAAGGUAUCGUGAACUCUCGACCACUAACAUACUUACCGCUGGAGACAGAGCAGAGUGAAGCGCUCACACCUAACCAUUUUUUGCUGGGAAGCUCUAACGGCGUUAAGCAAGCUGAAGUAGAGGCAACAGAUCCGAAAAUUGCCUUGAAGAACACCUGGAACGGAAUUCAAGUACAACUUGAUGUCUUCUGGAAACGUUGGGUACGAGAAUAUUUGCCGGUUCUGACGCGUCGAACCAAAUGGUUUGAAGAGGUUAAACCACUGGAAUCUGGGAAUCUAGUUGUCAUUGUCGAUGAAGGGCGAAGAAAUGGUUGGGCUCGAGGCGUGGUAGUUGAGGUCAUUUACGGAAAAGAUGGUCGGGGUCGUAGGGCUAUAAUUCAAACAAAUAAAGGUCUUUCUCGUCAGUCAGUCGCUAACCUGGCUGUGCUGGACGUUGACGCUGGAAACAAUGAACCUACGAUUGUAGUGCUGUUUUUAGGGCUCAGCCGGCAAUUUCAGACAUCAGUGGCAAAGCGCAAGCGCUCUCCGACGAUGAAGAAAUAUUGUCCUCUACCUGUUCCUGGCAGCUGUCGUGUAGUAGGCCUCAAGUUCCUGGAAUUGGGAAAGGUACAUCUACUCUGGCUGUCCGCGAAAUCGACUUGGGUCUCGACGUUCCUUCGCGUGAUCUCACAGGAAACUAGCAUUGGUCAAUCUUCGCCGGGUGCAGAAGCACGGACUUCUGAGAACGUCUUCCGGGACCGAUUAGUUAAGACGCACAAUUUGCCGGUCUACCAUGCAUCAAGAUGCAAAAAGAACAACAGCGGAAAAACCCGGACGUGGAUAUCGGGAUUUCCGGUCAGCUUUUCUAGCAUUGUGGCGGCUAAAACGAACUAG